GCUAGCAACCACCAAAAUGCGCAAGGAACCUGGAAGUCAUCAUCUGACUUGUGAUCACAGUUCUUGAGGAGGGCGACUGAAGUCCAAGACCGGUUCCCGUAUAUCGACAGGCCGGAAAUGGACCCGAGAGCGCAUUGCAUGUUGAAUUUCACAAUUGUUCGCCUGUCGUCUGAGGGCAAAGUCGAGGGGCGCUUACGGUCUUUAUGCGAUCAGCAGGCUUCGGCAGUGGGAAUGCACAGCGCGCCAGUUUCGUGUGUCGAUCGCGCGUGUCUCGCGCGGGAUGAUUGCCAAGAACCAAUCGUCGAGAUCAUGACGCGUUUCACGUCCCAAAAAACGAAAAUGAUUGGAUCCCGGUGCGGCUUCUACGGUUCCACCCAGCUUCUCCCGCCUCACUUUUUAUCGAUAGCGCUUGCCCCUGAUCUUUCCCCGCAACCCCUCUCCCUUGACUCUUGCAGAAUGUUUCCUGUUUCAUGCCCUCCGACUGGAUGGGAGGAGUCGGCCCUGCGACGGGCUGCAGACGGCCGCAUUGGUGCCAUGCAGGAGGUCUGCCGUCCGGCCAUUCAAGAGGCCCGGCACGGUCCACCACGUCGGGCGCGCUCGCGGCGACGGGCCACUCCUUUACUUCUUUCGCCCUCUUCAGUCCACUCGUGCUCCCUGCAUGCGAGACUUGCACUACGGCUGCAGUGCUGCACGACGGGAUGGGGCAAGUGACUCACCCAUCACCACUCGUUUUCGGCUCUCAACGGUCUGGAGCGACGACCACGGGACGACCCAUGACCCCAUCGCAAAGUCGCGCAAGGAAUGCAAAGGGUAGAGGAGAGGGGGAAGGGGCGAACACCAGAAAUGCGGAGGCUGUCGGGGAGGGGGAACAAUAGGACUUCUAUCGGACCUAUCCAUGGGUUUCCACGGUUGAUCGAGUGCUCCAAUAUAACCCAUCCCUCUUUCGUUCUGUUUAUGUCGAUGCCCUGAUCGAGGUUUUCCCCCUUUCCUGAUUUCUCCGGCACAC